CCGCCAUGUUUCCCGGCAGCCCGCCGUGCCCGCCGCCCUCCUGAGCCUCCCGGCCCGCCCGGCCCGGUGCCGGGUGCCCGGGGCCCGGUGCCCGGGACGCUCAAAAAUCAGAAGCAAGUCCUGAAAAUUUGCCCGUGCGGGGCAGGGAGCACCGUCCGGUUUCCUCCGUGGGGAUCCGGGGCCACUCCCGGGAGGGUCCAGCGCUGCUGGUGCCGAAGGAGUGGUGGGUUUGGGCCGGGAAGGAUUCCUGGUCUGGGAAUGGGAACGACGGGCUGAGCUCUGCGAGGAGAGCCCCGAGAGCAGCGUGGAGAUUCCAGCUGAGGACAAGGAGGAAUAAACCAGAGCUGAUCCACUUCCCAUCCCACGGGAUCUCUUCUAGGAGGCCUGGGGCCUUGGAGGAGUGAGGAUGGCUCAGGAGACCAACCAGACCCAGGUGCCUCUGCUCUGUACCACGGGCUGUGGAUUUUAUGGCAGCCCCCGCACCAACGGGAUGUGCUCUGUUUGCUAUAAGGAGUUUCUGCAGAGGCAGCAGAGCAGUGACCGGCUCAGCCCCCCAGAGGGUUUUUCUAAAGACCCUGACUUAGAUCCUCAGCUGAUGGAAACCAAGGUGUUUCUGUUGAAAUCACUUCCAGCAGAUGAGGAGCUGGUUCUCAUAGCUUGGAGAAGUUGCAAAGUUGGGUUUCCAGCCCCCAGUGGUCCCACCAGCAGCCCCAUGGCUGCCGACUCGGUCGCCGGGCAGCGCGCAGAGGGAGACUCCACGCCUGAGGAUGCAAAAGCCAGUGCUCAGACUCCUGUGACCCAUCAGAUGACAGCCAUGAGCAUAUCCAGAGAAGAAACCAGCAGUGAGACAGAGGAGUUCACCAAGACAGAAGAAGCCUCAUCAGCAUCUUCCUCAUCAGGUACCCUGCUGGAAAUAUCCCAGAACACAGCUGAGGGCAAGACAGCUCCAGAAAAACCGAAGCCAAAGAAGAAUCGUUGCUUCACUUGCCGGAAGAAGAUCGGGCUGACUGGCUUCGACUGCCGCUGUGGGAACUUGUUCUGCGCCAUUCACCGGUACUCCGACAUGCAUGCCUGCCCCUACGACUACAAGGCAGAAGCUGCUGAGAAGAUCCGUAAGGAGAACCCCAUCGUUAUUGCUGAGAAGAUCCAGAAGUUGUGAAAGGGGGCUGAGCAGCUGGAACUGCAGCCAGGUGGCCUGGUGCUCCUCCUCUUCCUCCCAGCUUUCCUUCGCUUCCUCCCAGCCCCGUGGGGGUGCCAUGGGGACUCCAGCAGCACACACCGACCAGCACCCGGACAUGGGGACUCCUCACACCUCUUGGGCAGACAUUUGGCAUUCCUUCCCUCCCUUCCCUGCCUGUCUGACACUCACAGCUCGGCUGAUCCGUUCUUGACCAGCUUCCCGAGGGAAAAGGGACCUUCCUGCCCCACCAUUCCAGAGCUGAGACCAUCAGACUUGUCUUCUGCUGGGGUGGUUCCUGCAGCGUGGGCAGCUGGCUCUGCUGGGCAGCCCUUCCCUUCAUCCAGCAGCUCCAAGUCCUGCAAACCAACUGGGACUCAGGGCUGGAGCCCACCAGCUGCCACUGGGCAUUGUUCCCUCUGCCUUUCCAUCUCUUUGUGGCAGAUAUGAAACCAGGAGCUGGGGAAUCCUGGCAGCCAGGCUGCCCUCUGCUCCCUGAGAGGUGUUUGGUCUCAGAUGCAGAGAAGACAAUUCUAUAAUUUUAAGGCCCUCAACCCCCUUCACGUGCUGCUGUGGAAGCUCCAGGGUGGCCAAGCA